AUGGUGAAAGUCCAAGCCGAAAUCAUCACUAGCUUAUGCUCUGACCCGAGUAGCAUGGGGCACGUGAAAUCCUGUGUGAAUCAGCAAGGACCACCUUGCAAGGCUAAAUACUCCUGGGUGACCGAUAAUAAAGCAGUGGCUUGGUUAAGGGAAACCACCGGAGCCGUAGCGAAAGCGAGUCUUCAUAGGGCUAUUGUCACUGCUUAUGGACCCAAACCUGGCGGUGAAAUGCCAAUCGAACCCAGAGCUAGCUGGUUCUCCCUGAAAUGCGUUGAGGCGCAGCAGUUGACUGGACAUCUAGGGGUAAAGCACUGUUUCGACGCGGGCCGCGAGAGCGGUCACAUCCAUUACUAUAUCAAUGACGAUAAUAACAAAGACGAUAUCGCCACCAGUUACGCCUCCACUGAUGAUGCUAUUCUGAUUAACUUCGGCAUGAACUGCAACCGCAAGCAUAAACAAGAAAGUAGAGAAAUGGGGUUGGAGAGGAAUCUAAAGCCUAAUGAUAUGGCUUAUGUUGCAGUUGCUACUGCAGCUUCUUUAGUAGCCUCUCACUGCCUUGAAAUUGCAGAAUAUAUGGGAGCUGAACAUGAACAGAUUGCAACCGCAGUCGACUCGGCUAUUAAUGCGAAAACGAAUGGAGAUAUUAGGACUCUUACAGCUGGAGCAGCAACAUCCUUGCGUGGAGCUGCAACUCUAAACGCGCGUCUAAAGAGGGGGAUUAGAGCUACUACGAUUCCCCCGAUUGAGGAUAAGUGUGGCGAAGCCAAAAAAGCAAGCAUCUUGACAGCACUGGACUUUGUCUUUCAAGGAGGUGUACUUCUCAAACGUACAAGAAAAUGUAAUUGGUUGAAGAACAAAUAUCUACAUUCAUUAACAAAUCACGUUUUCAGAUUUUGA